AGGGCCGCUCCUGCAGACUCUGGCCGUGCGGGAGUGAGCAGGCUGUACAAAAGGCCCCGGCGGGGCAAGGUGGGUCUGCGACAGGAGGUGGGCUCCAGACCCUCCCACCUGUUGUGGGGCGCGGUGGGCUGCAGAGAUGGGUCGCUACUCCGGCAAGACGUGCCGGCUGCUGUUCAUGUUGGUGCUCACCGUGGUCUUCUUCGUGGCCGAGCUGGUGUCGGGGUACCUGGGCAACUCCAUCGCGCUGCUCUCGGACUCGUUCAACAUGCUGUCUGACCUGAUCUCGCUGUGCGUGGGCCUGGGCUCUGGCUACAUCGCGCGGCGUGGUACCCGCAGCUCGGGCGCCACCUACGGCUAUGCUCGGGCCGAGGUGGUGGGCGCGCUCAGCAACGCGGUCUUCCUCACCGCGCUCUGCUUCACCAUCUUCGUGGAGGCCGUGCUACGCCUCGCGCGGCCCGAGCGCAUCGACGACCCGGAGCUGGUGCUCAUCGUGGGCGCCCUGGGGCUGGCAGUCAACGUGGUGGGGCUGCUCAUCUUCCAGGACUGCGGCGCCUGUUUUGCGUGCUGCACCCGGGGGCGCCGGACCCGCCCUCCGCAGCCGCCACAUCAGGGGGGCCCUUGUGGUCCUUUGGGAAGUCCCCAAGGAGCUGCAGCAGCCACAGCCCCCGGCUCAGACGCAGUAGUGACUCUCCGAGGGGCCUCGACCGGAAAAAAGCUGCAGGAGGGCGCGACCGUGUUCUCGAAUGUAGCAGGUGAUUCCCUGAACACCCAGAAUGAACCAGAAGAGACAACGAAAAAAGAGAAAAAAUCUGAAGCCCUGAAUAUCAGAGGUGUUCUUUUGCAUGUGAUGGGAGAUGCCUUGGGGUCUGUGAUCGUGGUCAUCACGGCCAUCAUAUUCUAUGUUCAUCCGCUGAGACCGGAAGACCCGUGUAACUGGGAAUGCUACAUUGACCCCAGUUUGACUAUCAUCAUGGUCAUUAUUAUUUUGUCGUCUGCUUUUCCUCUAAUCAAGGAGACUGCUGUCAUCCUGCUGCAGAUGGUCCCCAAGGGACUUAACAUGGAAGAGCUGAUGAGCAAGCUCUCCAGCGUGCCUGGAAUCAGCAGUGUGCACGAAGUACACAUCUGGGAACUGAUAAGUGGGAAGAUCAUUGCUACCCUGCACAUCAAGUACCAGAAGGACACCGGGUACCAGGAUGCCAGCAGAAAAAUCCGAGAGAUCUUCCACCAUGCUGGAAUCCACAGUGUGACCAUCCAGUUUGAAGCAGUGGACUUGAAGGAAUCCCUGGAGCAGAAGGACUUCUUGCUGAACUGCAGUGCUCCCUGCAUCUACCAGAGCUGCGCUAAGAAGCUGUGCUGUCCCCCGGGGACACUGCCACUGGCUCUCGUCAAUGGCUGUGCCGAGCAGAACGGUGGGCCCCCUCGAGAGACUUACCGAAGCAUAAGCGAUGCUCAGGAAGUGACCAUUGAUAUGGUUUUGGAUGGCUCUCCGAGGCAGCAAGGGCAGACUCUUAGCAAGACUCAAGAGGGACAACAUUGGGAAAACAGUACUCAUUUUUAGUGGGUGCUCACACAAAAUCAGACCGUCUGGACAAGCACUUUGGGUCACCAGCUCUGCUUGUGGAAAGAGCUUUGUGGGCAUGUACCCUGUCAGUAGGGGUCGGACGUUUGAGAUGUGAGUGUGGCAAGCCUUCUGGUUUUAUGUGGUGGCUCACCCCUUUACACCACCCUGUGCGUCUCAUGCUUCCCUGUGACAGUUUCCUAAACCAGGCUUCCCUAGCGUAUGUGUCAUGAACGUCAAAGGCUGGGACUCAGGACUCAAAGUCAGUCUUGUGGUGUCGGGGCUCGGGCGUGCUAAGGAUCUGCUCUGUUACCAGAUGUGCCCGCUAGCCCUUGCUUUUAAACUGAUCAGAACUUCUAGCUGACUCUCAGGUGAGCUCAAAGCUUCAGUGGGUAGGGAAAAAAAUGAAAGCACAUGAACUAUGAUUUCCUCUCUUCCCCUCAAAGAUCGAAAGUCGGCGAUUUGUAGCACUGCAGAAAUAUAUAUUCCUAGGUCCAUUCUUGGGCCACGAGAAACAGAUACCUAAUAAAUAAAUGCAAAACGCAUAGUGAUAGGGUGGACAAACAGGAUGCCUCUCAACACAUUAGAGGAGGUAGACUUUGCUGCAGUGGCGGGAAAGUGGGUUUUGGACCAUCUCUUUGUUCUGUGAGGUGUGAGGGGCUAACAUCUACUUUCUGCUGGGAACGAAGCUGUAGCUGUGGCGUGUUGCAGGUGUUUAAUAGUGUAACACAUUCUUUACACUCAGAAGUGUGGGGACAGGCUUCCACUUUCUUCCUGACUUACCAUUUCUGAGAGUCUCCUGGUAGGAUAGCUGCCGCUGAUUGUUCUGUUCUGACAAUGGUUUUAUGAUCACAUUGAUCCAUGUAGGGGGAUGAUGAAUAUUCCGGGGGACAGCAGAAUACUUAUUCCUGCUAAAUAAACAAGCUAGCCUGUCUCUGCUUUAAUUAGGCAUAUUUAAAAGUAUUUAUUAUAGUUGCUAACUAGUAACUGUAUGGAAAAGUUGAUAUCCAACCAAGAAAUGAAAAGUAAUUUGAUUGCUGAUUUUUAAUGUGUUUGGUGGCACUUAAAGUUUUAUGUCUGUGACCCAUGUUACCAAGUUCAAAUAAAUUGAUGAUGAUAUGAUUUAGACAUAUAGCUGAACUGUAUUGGUAGGAGAAAGUGCAGAAAUGUCUGUCAUGUGUUUUACACCUUGUUUGGGCAUCCUCCUUUAACCAAAGCCUCAUAGGUAUAAGAUGGGGAUGUCUGACAUAGGGAGCCCUCUGUGUUGGACAAGUUUCAAGGUCGACGGAAAGUGAUCUUGUCCUAGGCUAUCAGCUUUGAUCCUAUGGAGAAACAACACAGGAUUCAUCAGAAGUGGUGGAUGGUCACAGAAACGGCACCCACAUUUUCCAGUACAAGCACCAUAUUAAAGAAACUAUCUUUAUUGGGCG